AUGUCUGUGAUGGUAAAAUGUCAAGGUACAUACGAUAAGAAAGCUUUGAAGGCCAUUAUCGAAAGUUGCGGUUGCUGUCCACCGCCUGAACCUCCAUGCCCAGCCAUUUUUUGUGUGCCAUCUUCAUGCUGCCCAUCACCUCCUUGUAAUCCAUGUGCUCCAGUAAAAUGUGAUCCCUGUUGUACUAUUCCUCUGGUUCCGCCGAUUGGUCUGGCUUCCUCGAGACCUUGUGGUCCAUGUGCUCCAAGUUCACCAGUACCAUGUAUGACGUGUCCUCCGUUAGGACCUAUUCCACCAUGUCCACCAUGUCCUUUCAUAUGUCCACCUUGCACCGGUUAUCCUUGUGUUACGACUGCACCUAUACCGAAACCAGUACCAGCACCCUGUGAGCCUAUUAUGCCUGUCAUUCGGACACCGAUUAACACCGGCGGACUUUUUUACAUUGGUACCAGUAAAUGUUAUCCUUGUCUACCACCUGCUUGUCCUCCACCAUGUAUGCCAUGUACUCCCAUACCUGGAAUGUCUGUUACAUGUUGA